UACUGUCUUAAAAUUUUAAAGUACCAAAAUGAUUAAAAAUGUUUGGCUUAUAAUCGUCUUUAGCACCACCACCUACAGUUUUUAUAAACAAAUGGCAUGUGGAAAUUGUUCGGGAAUUAAUGAUAAGUGCCUGAUAGAAACAACCGGCUGGAGUUGCGAGUUCGAACUUGAUGCUCAAAAGUUUGAUCCGCAUAUGAAUUCCUCCGGAAUACCUGAAUCUUUAAAAAAAUGCCUGCUUCCGGGCAUGGGUUUUAAAAAGAAUAAAUCAAUUUUCGGGUAUUGCUGUGUUUGGUCGCCAGAAACUGGAUGCCAGAAAAUUAAGCACAAAGAUGAAGACAUAGAGGAUCGCUGUCAUAGGUGCACUCGGGCAGUUUGGUCAUCAGUCAUGGAGAACAAGACGUGUCCAUGUGGCACAUGGCUAUUUGACCAAAGGGACAGCUCAGUGAGGGCCAAAUGUGGAUAUUACAUGGUAAUGUAUCUGGUAACUUUUACAUUACUAUCUUUGUAAUCUCAAUGCCACAAAAAAUAAAUAAUAAAUAACGAAAGUAAAAA